AUGCUUCAUAAUUCAGUUGCAGUUUGCAUAACAUACAAUGGACAUUCAGUGUACAAUUUUGAUGAAUUCGUAGAUGAUAAUAUUGAAAGAGGAUUAGUAAUGCAUAUCUUAUGGAGUUAUUUUUUCGAUGAUGGAAAACUAAGCUGGCAGAAUUUUUGUGAGAAAUUUAAAACAAAUUUUGAAUCAUUGAAGAUUCGUACUGCUGUUCAAAGCAUCUUAUAUUAUUCGAAGAAACGAGUACUUCUAUGCAUUGAUGAGAUUAUGAAAAUUUUGUCAGGCACUGAUACAAAUCAAAAACAAGCUAAAGUUAAUAAGUCCUUAAAUCAUCUCUAUAAUCCCUACCAAGAGUUUGCAAAAGAUAAAGAAGAGUUGAUCAAAUUUAAUUUUAUCCUGACUACGCUUGAUGCAGUUUAUGUGCAAAGUAAUAUGACUGACUCAGGUAGACAAAUCGAAUGGAUACCAUUAAGAAGACUGGAGAUUUCAGAAUUGGCAGAAUUAUUUAAUGAA